UUUUGAACGAUAUUCAUCAAGUGAAACUUGUCGAGUAAUUAUCACGCAGAUUACGGGAACUGCAAUAUGUGAUAGAUAUUAGUGAUUUUUGCGAUUAUUUCAAGAACUCGUUUUCCAGAAACGUUGUUUUCGAUGAAGAAGGUGAUAAAACAUAUGUUUGGAAGGAAACUGUAAUAUUUUGUCUUCAGGAUUAAAAAAAAAAAAUAGCAUAUUUUUUCCUCUUUGCUUUUCACGGAUUUGUUAACCUGCCUAGAUAUGUAAUUUGCUAACAGCGGUAAAUCAUGUCUAAUAACUCUGUUGCAUGACAGUAUGUAUUGCACGAAAUAUAGGUGUUGCAGCAUUCCACAGGAUUAGUAUCUGGUUUGUCAGUAACUUGUAAACAAAAUUAUAUCUGAAGAUUCAAUAAAUAUUGAAGGAAGUAACUUGUAAAAAAAAAUCAUAAAAAUAUAAAAAAAAAAAAAAUAGGAAAAAAAGACUGUAUUUUAGGGUUUACAAUAAUCGGAAAAAGGACUGUAUGGUAUAAUAUAAGGACUGCAAGAUGAUAAAACUGAUGUAUGCUGACCCAAAUUACAGGUGGUCUCAUCACAACAAAUUUGUCAAUGACAGAUAUGUCAGGAGACAGGUUGUUACAUCUUGCGUUCCACAGCUGAACCAUGAGCUGAGUCAUGAAGACACCCUGAACCACAAUUUCUCGGGCUUCCCAAAAGUUCAAGCUGUGCCGGGAAUAACGCAACAGCGGGGCACGAUGUCGUCCAACUUGAACGAGAUGAUCGCACGUGACCAUGUGGAUGGCGGAGAAGUAGGAUGCAUUCUUGACCUGGUUUACAUCACAGAAAGAAUCAUUUCGAUGUCCUUUGCUUCUGAAGAACAUGACAACACGUACAAAUACAAUCUGAAAGAAGUAACACGUAUGCUGAAAACCAAACAUGGAGACAACUAUCUGGUGAUAAACAUCUCCGAAAAGAGACCAGAUCUAGCCAAGCACUGUCCGCAAGUCCUGGACUACGGCUGGCCGGAUAAUUUGGCUCCGCCUCUUGAACGGCUCUGCAGUAUAUGUAAGGCAAUUGACCAAUGGAUGGGGACAGAUCCAAACCAUGUGGUUGUGGUCCAUUGUAAAGGUGGGCGUGGCAGAAUAGCUGUCGUCAUAGCAGCCUAUAUGAGAUACAGUAAUAUAUGUGCAAGUGCUGACCAGGCAUUAGACAGAUUUGCUAUGAAACGUUUCUAUGAUGACAAGCUUGGAGGAUUACCUCAACCCUCUCAGAGAAGAUAUGUUCAUUAUUUUGCGGGUCUUCUUUCCGGUGCAAUACAAAUCAACAGCAGUGCUCUUUACCUUCAUCACAUACUAAUCCACGGUGUGCCGAAUUUCGAUACGCGUGGUGGCUGUCGGCCAUUUAUUAAAGUCUACCAGGGAAUGCAUCCCAUUUUCACAUCCGGUGUUUACAAUGUAACAGACAAUAUGCAGAAGGUGUGUAUAUCGAUAUCGCCAGGAAUUCCACUCAGAGGAGAUAUCCUCAUCAAAUGUUACCAUAAAAAGAACAAUGCAGGACAACGUGAAAUGAUCUGGGGAUGUCAGUUUCACACAUGUGCUAUAUCCCAUAAUUCCCUGGUAUUCAGCAAAAAUGAACUUGACUUUGGCAUAAAUGAUCCAAGGUUUCCAGAUUCCGGAAAAGUAGAGUUUGUUUUUGGCAACAACUCGGAAGGCUUGGUUCAAGUGGCAGAUUUCAAGUCCGAUGUAACGGUGCCCGUUGACGACUCCACGGAAGCGCUAACUAGAUGGGACUCCUAUGAGAACUUUGGCAAGACGGUCGAUGGCAAAGAAACUGAUGUGAAUGCCAACGGCCUACAGAGUUCUCAUCAUCAUCAGCAACAGCACGGGGUCGACAGUUUUCGAGUAACGCAACUGGAUCAUUCUCAGGGUCCUGUUGACGGGAGUCUUUACGCGCAAGUCAACAAAAGAAAGCUGGAGUCGCAGAUCAUACAAAACGGGCCGACCAAACUACAAAAUGGCGGCUCGUACUCAUCGAGUAUAGACUCGGGUAUUUCUGCAUUCUCUGUACCCAUGGGAACAUCCACCACCCAUAAAAGCAGUAGUGAAAGUUGGUCUUAUAACACACGUGAACGUGAUUUCCACCAGCCAACCAUGUCGAAUACUAGUAUGAGCAAAUCUUACAGCUCUUCAACGAGUCCACGAUCGGGGAAAGUUGCGCUAGAUGAACAAACACAGCUUGAUCAGAUUUUAAGUGACUUGUUAAACGAUCAAGCAUUUGUAAGUCAAAAAUCUUCGCCAGGGACGCGGAGUUUUAAAACUGUUGAAGAACAUACGAGCCCAGAAGGCAAUAUAGUGGUUCAAAGAGGCGAUGUGACUUAUAAAGUGCCAGAAGUGAGGUCAGAAAAACAUUAUUCUGUGAAAACAGAAAGUAAAACAAUAACUGAUGAUAAAUAUAAACCAGUGAAUGCAUUUACUUAUACACCGUCAUCUCCAGAAAUGUCACGGAGCCCACAGAGCCCAAAGGCUCCUUAUAGAACUGAUUACGAGAAUAAUUAUAGAAAAGAAUCAUAUAAUUACCAGACAAACGGUCCAUCCUCACUUAGUGAUGGUGAACAUUCAUUGUCAUGGUUACAACAACAACAGGCUAAAUUGCGAGAAAAGAGUUCAGAACGUGAUCCAAGUCGCCAUAGAAAUGAACAGAUGCUGAUUGAAGAACUGAAAAAAUCACAAACUCAAAAUAAAUAUUUUCAAAAGCGAGCGCAGAGUGAGGAUGAAUCAUCGAAAGUUUCAUCUCCUUUACAAAAUGGGCCCGUAAGCCCAUAUAGUUACACAGUUUCACGUACUCAUACAUAUAAUACAGAAAAAUCACCCAGUGACACUUCUUUUCGACCUCAUGACACAUUGCCAGUAGCUGCUUCUCAUACGACAUACAUAACGGAGCAGACGGCAUCAUCCUCUUCAAAAGUUUCAAAUAAACCUCCGCCAUCCCCUAUUUUACAAAGAUCCGUAACUUCUACUGUAAGUACAGCCCCUGUUCCCCCACCCCAGCGCACAAGUAGCCGAGAUUACAUGCAACACCAGCAUCAACAGCAACAGCAACAGCAGCAGACGCGAAAUCGAACAUACAGUGGAGGAGGCUACCAGCAGGCUUCAACCUCCUGGAGGAGCGAGACUCAUACUCAACCCAGGGUCAUUCAGAGACAUCACUCUGAAACGGCUUACGAUCGUGACCAUUUUGAGCGUGAAUCGCGUCAGCAAUAUAGGACUCCACCUUUAUCGCCAAGAUCUGUGUCACCCCAUACAUUUCAAAGCUAUAAAACUGUGUAUAAAACAAUACACCAUGAUGAACCGGAUUUUUCGCAACCUCAACCGAUUGAAGUUCAAAUUGAAAAACAGACACAAAAAGAACAGCAGACAGUUCAACAAGAUGCAAAUAAACCGCAUUACAUCACAGAGGUCAUAGUUCAGAGAACAGGAGGGUCAGAUUCUAAGAGUAGUACUCUGAACAGAAAUGAAAGGGACAGACAAGAGACUGAUAACCGUCUUGACGCCCUCGAGAAAUCCCUACAGGCUGCCCAAAACUCAAUAAUGGCAUCAUCUCCAUGGCAACAACAACAACAACAGCAGCAGAACGUCAUGAAACAGGAAGUACGUCAGUUUGAGACGCGUUCAUACGAGACGAAAACGGAACAGCGUCAAGAACAGAGGCACGAACAGCAACGAGUGAGUAGAGAGGAAAUAAAUGGAGGUUACCCCCGUAGCAUGUCGCCCGUGUGGGAUAAUUUGCCCACUGAGCAUGUGCAGCAAACUCAUGUUGAGCCCAAAAAGAUUGAAGUAACAGAGGAAGACCGCAUCACGCUGAAGCCCAUCGGCCCAGGAGUUCAACAGUUGGAGCCUGAGGGCUCGCACUCUGGCAGCACUCUCGGACGGGACAGUACACUGGGUCGGGCAACCACACCCAGUUUUCCAACAAGCCCAGUUGCAUCUGCAGAGCACAUAAUACAAGCAGUGCAUGAGAAAGCUCGCCGGAUGUCAAUAGGUUCCUCUAACCAAUCACUGAAUAGCAUUGGUGGUUACCUUGCAACCCCACCUUUUCCAGUCACACCUAGGACCCCGUACACGAAUAUUUCAGUGUCAACGAGUCCUUACAACCUGCACGGUCACGCUACCCGACCCCAGCAGAGCCCCUUUAACUACGGGUCUUCUGUUGCCUCGGGGCAGUACAGUUCCCAGCAGUCUUUGAAUAGUGUUUUCGAACGUGAAGAUCCGAAAGAUCAUUACAAUACGAUAGUAUCUCGUCAGCUUAUGCAUAGUGCCCACGAUCCUACAUACGCUUCUAUAACAGACAAUGAUUUUGGGAAUGCUAAAGUUGGUAGCAAUGUGACGAGCCCGACUGGUACCCUGCAGUCUGAUAAGAUGCAAUAUCAAACACAGUACAGCACCCAACAGCAGUCGUACCAGACAAGCACCCUCCCUCACGGUGGACAGCCUCUAGCCAGCCAGCAGUAUCUGACAAACACACUACCCCAUAGUGCACCCCAGCCAGUCAGCCAGUCAUUUCAAAGCAGUACCUUGCCACAUCAGUCUGGAUUUAAUCAGCAGCAGCAGCAGCAGCAGUUCCAGCAGCGGCAGUAUCAGCAGUAUCAGACAAGCUCGAGUCAGCAGUACAAUACCCAGCAAUACUCAACCAGCUCCCAGGACGGCAGUCUCCACGUGGACACAAACCCGAGAAUGUUGACGACACAACCUGCCAGAUCCCCAUCUUCACCAGGGAGCCCACCGUCUCCUGGUAACUUGAACACUUUGAGGCAGCAGCUCCAUGUGGCCCACGGUAUGUCAAACAAUGCCGUGAGCCCAGGCCCACACUCUGCUACAGGUCAGAGUUCACCAAGUGUCUACUUCGGACUGUCCAGACGCGGCAGUCUCACAUCAUUAGUUGACUCGGAGGCCAUGCACACUACACCACGAUUUGUGAAGGACACGUCUAAAUACUGGUACAAGCCAAGUAUCUCCAGAGAAGAAGCCAUUAUGAUGUUGAAAGACAAAGCACCUGGGACGUUUGUUGUGAGAGAUUCCAACUCUUUCCCCGGAGCAUUCGGACUCGCCCUCAAGGUAGCACAGUUGCCGCCCAAUGUUCAGACUAAAUCAACAGGUGAUCCUAUGGCUGAUCUGGUCAGGCACUUCCUGAUUGAACCCACAAGUAAAGGUGUCCGUCUGCGUGGCUGUUCUAACGAGCCAGUAUUUGGAUCUUUGGCAUCCCUGGUGUACCAGCAUUCAAUCACACCACUAGCACUGCCUUGUAAACUUGUGCUUCCGGAGCAUGAUCCAUCUCACAUAGUGUCAGAAGUGUCACCUACCACUGAGAUGCCAAAUUCAGCCUCUCAGCUUCUUGCACAAGGGGCAGCUUGCAAUGUGGUGUACCUGAAUUCAGUAGAUACCGAAUCUCUGACUGGCCCCCAGGCGGUAGCCAGGGCGUGUAAAGUAACAUUUGAAAAUCCACCACCGAAAACCACACAAGUGCACUUCAAGGUGUCCAACCAAGGUAUUACACUGACAGAUAACCAACGCAAGUUGUUUUUCCGUCGACACUAUCCAGUAGCAGCAGUAACAUAUUGUGGAGGUGAUCCUGAGGACAGAAAAUGGAGGAGGAACACUGAUGUACCAGGGGUUCAAGCAGAUGCCCGCGUUUUUGGUUUUGUAGCUCGGAAGCAAGGAUCCAUGUCUGAUAACUGCUGUCAUCUUUUUGCGGAAAGUGAUCCUGAUCAGCCUGCCAGUGCCAUUGUUAACUUUGUAACAAAGGUUAUGAUUGGACAGGGAAAAAUAAAAUCAUAGCUGAUUGGUGGAUUUGAAAUUUUAAAAAAUGUUUAGAAGUGUUUUUAUUGGAUGGUUUAGUGUUUAUGCAAAUUUGUUCAGAGUGCCUUGCAGUGAAGGAAAUGAAGGAAAUUGAUUGGUUUGUUUUGAAAAAUAGUGCCAGCUGAUUGGUCAAAAAGGAAAUAUUAUAGGGUAGAUCCAGUAAUGGUAUGAGUUGUGUUCAGAUUUGAUAUUUUAAAAAAGGCUUAAUGUUAUUGGUUGUUUUUAGACAUGUGAUGUAUUUAUAUUAUGUGUUGUGACAAUUUCUAUUUAUAGCUGUACUUCAAUAUUUUAUCUUGUAUAGAUACAACAUAUUGUAAAGAGUUAGUGACAGAUGUAACAUUGCUUUAAAACUUGUUAAUUGUUAGUUAGUUAGGCAAUGAAUAAAGGUUGAAAGCACGUAGUCAUACAUGUUUAGUUUAGUUUAUAAACAUGGAAAUUCGUUUUUUAAAUAAAAAUGUAUGAUACAGUACAUAAUUUAACUUUUUUAAAACAUCAUAUUUAUGUUUUUAAAAGUUCUGCCAUUCUGUGUGUAGAGUGUAUAAUUAUUAUGUCAUUGUGUAUAUGUAUAGUGUAUAUGGUGUUACUAAUUUUUGACAUAGUGCUUUUUGCACAAAAUAAUGCUUUCAUAUGUUUUGCUUCAUACAUUUUGAUGAUACACCUGUAUUUAUGCAAUUUUACUUUUGGCAUAUUUUAUUUUGUCUAUUACCAAGUCAGCAGUUUUAUUAAAACUUGGAAAAACUGCAACUUGUAGAUACAAUUUUAAUAAAAUGGACUGCAAAAAAAGUUUCUUAGAGGCAUUGAAACUACAGAUCUAUCAAAAUCCCAUGAUUGUGAAAAUUUUAUGAGCCUUAUAUAAUUUCAUGUAAAUUUCAUCUUUUCAGUUGCUUGAGGACUCAAAUAAUUUUGUCCUCGUCAUUUGUAUUUUUGAUAUGCUGUAUUUCAAAUUUUAAUUAAUUGUUUACCAAUUUCAGAAAUGUCUUCAAAUCUUGCAGAAUUUUUGUUGCCAUCAGAAUCGUAUAUCAUCCUGCUUUAGUGCAAGUUGUUUUGAAAGGAAAGUACAGUAAUUUACAUACAUGCAGUUUUUUGUUAAAAUGAAAUCUUUACCAUUUAAUUUUGCAUGUUUCGGAUGUGUAUAUUAUGGUAUAUAUAUAUUUUAUUUAAUAUUUGUUGUAAAGUGUUAAGCAUUUUUUAUUACUUUUAUUGCUUUUUUGUUGUAUGGAAUUCUCCCAUGCCCCCAGAAACAUUAAAUAUAUUCGAAGUGUUCUUCAGCUUCGGAGGCCCUAAAUUUAUAAGAUUAUUAGUGAAUUGUUUUUAUCCAAGAUGUGAGGAAAUAUAAUAUUGUGACAACUUUGUAAUGGCACUAUUUGAACUGUGUUCAGAAAAUAGACAAGCAACAUAUUAAAUACUUCAAUGUUGAAGUUAAGAAAAGUGGAGUUUAUGAAAAAAAAAUAUAGGCAGACAUCAUAACAUUCAAUUUCUUACAUGAAGACAUUGGAUGUGAAAAAUGGAAAUUUAAGAUUUGAACUAAUGAAAUUCCUCAUAAAUUUUGAUGCUAUAAUUCAUAUAUAUGUUGUUAAUGAUGCAUUUUUUAAUCUGAAAAAUGGCUUGACACCCUGUAUUUGCAUCAUAUUUUAUAAUUAUUACAUUUGUUCAAGUCUUUACAUUUUUUUUCUGCACAUUUGUUAAAUGUAUCAUUAUACAUUGUACACAUGUAAGUAUUUAUUGGUAUUUGUUAAUGCUUCUGGGCCUUUUUGAUAUUAGGAGCUAAAGAUCUGAGAGGAGCAAGAAUUGUGGGAAAAUGUUGUUUGUAAACCAGUCCAGGAAUGCAUCCGUAUCAUUGGUCAAUUUCAAAGUUGUUCCAAAAAGCAACCAGUCAGAUGCUUUUAAUUUUUAGACUGGUUUAAAAAAACUCUUUCAUAGACUGGUUAUAAGAAAGAUUCUGCUUUAACACUGGCUGUUGACCAUUUAGCUGGUUUUGAAUAAGAGGAUCUUAUAAGCCUUUUGGAAAGCCACAUGAACGAAAUACCGUGUCUUGCAGGUGAGCGGUGGAUUAUUUAAGAAGGAAUUCUUGAAUUUUCAAGAUGUAAUUGUUACAUGAUUUUAGUUACGGAUUUUUUUAAAGGUGCUAUUUCUUAAUUGUUGUUUGUGUAAUAUGCGAUUUUAAUUCUUGUCACAUAUGGUAAAUAUCAUGCAAAGUAAACUGCUUUUAGUUACCAUUUCUGUACCUCUCAACAUUAUAUGCUUGCAUUUUAAAAUUUAUGCACAGUAAUAAUUAUAUAUAUAUAAAAAUUAAUUUUACCUCAGCAAUAAUAUACACUAUCACACUACUCUGGAGAAAUUUAUUCAAAGUUUAUUAUGUCUUAAGUGGAAAAGUCACUCUAUACAUAUGUCUAAGUUCAUUUAUGUCUGACAAGGUAAUAGCAGUUACAGAUUUAUGUCUGAGUUAGUCUUAUGUCUGCACAAAUGAGAAUAAUUGCAGAAUUAUGUCUGAAUUAGACAUGUCUGUCCAACUAAUACCAGUAGUAAACUUAUGUCUGAAUUUGUCUUAUAUCUGCAUAAGUAAGAAUAACUGUGGAAUUAUGCCUGAAUUGGUAAGAAUAAAUAGCCACAGACUUAUGUCUAAAAUAGACUUGUGACAUUGGUAGCAAGAAUUGCUGUUGACUUAACGUCUUAAUCGGGACAACUGUGAUAUGUUUAGAUAUUGAAUAUGUAAGAUCUCGGAUAGAUUUUCGGUAUCUUCUCAAUCAAAACCAAAGCAGUUUACCUUUUAGUUGUUCUAUAUUUCUGUCUAUAUUCAUGUUAAAUUGCUGUUGUUGUUAAAACCUCAAACAUUAGUCCUGUGAGAUAGAUCUAUGUUUUGGAAAAUUAAGCAAAAAUGAAAUGUUAAAAUUAUAGGGUUGCAAUAACCUGUUUGGAAACUAUUAGUUACUGGAGAAAAUGUUAGAACAAGACUAAAAUGAAAACCAGUUAAAGUUUGAUUUUAGACAAGGAAUUUUGACAGUGUGAAUAUAAAGCACAAGUUUCUUAUUCUCAUCACCAGUACUGCUUUUUUUGUUUAGAUUGUUAGUAAUUGAGGUUUUUUUAUGAUAUAUUACAAAGUUAACUCCCUUUGUCAGCCAUUUUAAGCUUUUUUUUUUCUUGUUUUUGGCAGAUGGAACUAAUUGCAAAGAAGUUGAAACAUCUUGAGCUUAAAUCAGUUAAAUGUUGCAUAGCUCCUUGUUUAAAAAGAAGCAGUGUUUGUCCACUAAGGGGAGCAACCCUUACUGAAAUGGUUGCAAGGGGAGCAACCCUUGCAAGGUACCGUAAUGCUGUCAAGGGAAGCAACUCUCAUUGAAAUGGCUGUCAAGGAAAUCAACCCUCGCUAAAAUAUCAUGCAAGACCUCAAUAAUUUAGGAUUGUUAAACAAAUGUCAUACUGUGUAUCUAUAUAUAUCUUGAACAAAUAAAUGUUCAUAAAAAAUCUC